GAUAGGGUGUGAGACGCGAAUUUAUGAAUAUUAAACAGUUGCUGUUGUUGUAGAAAAAUUUGAUAUGUAGACCAUUAGCAAGUGUAACUCUUACCCCAUUUUUUUUUGCAUAUAUGUGGAGGUUGCGUGACUCGCAACAAAACAGGAAGCAGUAUCGUCACCAGACCAAACGAAUAAGCUGCCGGCAAGGUCCACCAUGAACUUGCAGAAAAAAAGAAAUGGGCUGACUGCAGCUACUACUGUUUAUGGCAAGUGUAUCCAUAUUGAGGCCUUUGAAAAGUUAAUGGAAGGCUUUGACAUAUGGAACAACUUCACCCCUUCACUUGCACGAGGCACAAAUUCUCAUGAUCACACUUACCAAGAUGAAAGUCAUGAAUUUUUGCCUUUAAAUGGCACUAAUUUUACCAUGUUUGUACGUGGAAAUAGAAAGCAUGGUGUGGUUGGUCUCCAGGGUGCCCUGAUCACUUGCUUUACCUGUGAUCAUCAGGUACAUGCCUGUGAACAUGGCACAAAAAUUUUGGAAUCUGAGGAAGUUUUGGAACACAAAAUGCCUGAUUUCCUAGUGGAUUUUUUUUGCUGAGAAAAAUUAUCGGGAAUCCACUGUAGUUUCAGAAAACACCUCCCGUAAAGAAUGGAAAUUAAGACCAGUGUCUUCGAAUAAAAUUCCAUUUCAACUAUCUACAGCCCAGAAAGAAAUAUUCUCCACUUUGGAAAAUGUGCUACAAAUAAAAAUGUCCUCUACUGAUCUUGUGCUGCUUACCCCCAGCUUACCUCCCUGCUGCCCAAAGUGUUCAUCUCAGUGCAUUGGUCAGCCAAGGAAAGUUUUGUGCUUUUUGAAAAAGCAAAUGUUGCAUUGUGAAGGUAGGAAAUUCCUUGCAUUUUCAUGUUGAGAAUUUUGCAAAAAUGCCUUUAACUCACCAAUGAAUUGGAUAGAAGUGACUGUUUACAAUGAGGGUUUGUGCUGUGGAUGAUGGAGGAAGGUUUAAAUUAGCUCCUCAUCUCAAAAAGUCAAAUGCCUGUUCUGAUUAAUUAAGAGUCCAAUUCUCGAAUGAAUUCACUGAACCAAGUUGCUCACAGAAGCUGGCAUGUUUGAUGAAGGGUUGCCACUGCAUAUGAUUGAUUUGUAACUUACUGGCUAGAGCCAAACAAACCCAGUUUGUUCUAGGUAGAAAGUGCUGAAAACCUUUAAGGCUAGGACUGACACCUAAAUCUUUGAUCAACUUAUUGUUUAUUACCCUAGCAAUCUUUAGUCGCAUUCAUAAUGCAAACUGAAUGGAUUCCAAUCCACAAUUUAAGUUCAUUUCUAUUCAUAAAUGUCCUUCCUAUUAUUUUUUUUAAUAACAAUUCAAUAAUGGUUUGUGAUAUUCUCAAAUGUAUGUU